GCUACCCGUUCCAGUAUGUGUUUUUCUCUAAUAGAUUUCUGUGCUUUGAAUUUUGUUUUUGCAGACCUAGGUUCAGGAAUCAAAUUUCUCUUUGGGCGGUUGAGGACUUUCCUUUUAUAGGGGAACAUCUGAAUUCCUAGUCAUUGAUGGCUACCCCUAGUAAAUCAACACAAAUAACAUCUUCUGACACUUUUGAACAGAAGGGUAAGACUAUGAGUGAGUCAAAUGCAGCCAUUCUUCAAUGUCCUUUAAACCAGCAACUCCAUAGCUCCUUAGAUGGCCCAGUAGCAAUCCUUUGGGAUAUUGAGAAUUGUCCUGUUCCAAGUGAUGUACGGCCUGAAGAUGUAGCAGGUAAUAUAAGAAUGGCUUUACGGGUGCACCCAGUAAUUAAAGGAGCUGUUAUGCUGUUUUCUGCUUAUGGGGAUUUCAAUUCUUUCCCUAGGCGACUUAGAGAGGGCUGUCAGAGAACUGGUGUUAAACUUAUUGAUGUUCCAAAUGGGAGAAAAGAUGCUGCUGAUAAAGCUAUCUUGGUCGAUAUGUUCUUAUUUGCUCUUGACAACCCUCCACCAUCCUCUAUUAUGCUUAUAUCUGGAGAUAUUGAUUUUGCACCAGCACUUCACAUCCUUGGUCAGCGAGGAUAUACUGUUAUUCUUGUCAUCCCUGCUGGGGUGGGUGUUUCGUCUGCCCUAUGCAAUGCUGGUAAAUUUGUCUGGGACUGGCCUAGUGUGGCACGCGGGGAAGGAUUUGUGCCUCCCUCAAAGGCUUUAGUGCCACCCCGUGGAGGUCCAAUUGAGCUUGCUGGAUAUCUGAUGGGGUGCCAAAUCAAUGACAAUUCUGAAGUAUUAAAUGAAGAAGAAGCAAUAGUUUAUAGAGGUAUGUCACAGAACUAUUACAACUCAAGGGAAUUUUCAUUAGUGUCACAAUCACUGUCUGAAUACAACUGUGGCACAUCGAACAUGACAUGCUUGCCGACAACUAUGAGAUCACACAGCCUUCCAUCUGUAUUCAAUGAUGUUCAAGGAGGGUCUAUGAUGCCUUCUGGUGAUCAAAAUGAAUGCCAGUUAUGGGUACAACCUGGGGAUUUAAAUGGCCUCAAGGGGCAGCUGGUAAGAUUGAUUGAACAUUUUGGAGGAUGCCUGCCUCUCGCCCGAGUUCCGGCAGAGUACCAGAAAAUUUAUGGGAGACCUCUUUAUGUUGCUGAAUAUGGGGCAAUAAAGUUGGUCAAUCUUUUCAAGAAGAUGGGCGAUGCCUUGGCUGUGGAAGGGAAGGGGCAUCGGAAAUUUGUGUAUCUCAGAAACUGGAAGGCAGGCCCAAGUGCUCCCCCUCUCUCUCUGGCAAAGAAAGACAAGAAGGGAAAGGGAACCCAGGAAGAGAAUGUGAAUGUUGUCACUGGUGGGUGCUCUUCAGAUGAGUUUUCAGAUGAAGAAAGAGUAGUCAUAGAAGAACAUGACGAAAGAAGUUGCACAGGCAAGGGCAAUCAGGAGAGUGCAGCAAAAUGUGAAGUCGAUGACUGUGUUAUUGAGCACUUCAAGUAUGAGCUGCAAGAGAUUCUAGUAAGCUAUUCUUGUCGAAUAUUCCUUGGUUGUUUUGAGGCUAUAUACCAGCAGCGAUACAAGAAACAGCUGGAAUAUCAGAGAUUUGGUGUGGACAAGUUGGAGGAUUUGUUUGAGAAAGUGAGUGAUGUGGUGGUAUUGCAUGAGGAACCAGUAAGCAGGAAGAAGUUCCUGGCUGCUGUGGGUGGUUAGAAAACUUGGCAACGAAUUGCUAUUCGCAUUAACCGUUCUGAUGUUUUAAUCUUAUGCUGAGAAAUUAGUUUUCUCUUUAGCAACCUCAGCCUUUUCAGGUAAUUUAUUCCUUAGAAGACUUGUAAAAAUGAUAUGCUGGACAUAUGUGUUUUUUUUAUAGUCACUGUCCUGCAUGUAUCUGAAACUUUCCCCUCGAAUUAGUGUUUAUUUUCAGUCUCUGAAACCGAUUAGCUACUUGUAGGAAUCGGGAGACGUGUACAAGUAAUAGCUUUUGUACUUGUAUCUUGUAUCGUAUUUCAAUAUACAAUUCUUCCAUGUUGAUUUAUUUU